UCAACAGGUGAGCAGAGUAAUGGGGCGUGACUACUGCAUAAACCUGUUCUCCUGCUCUUACAACAGCAGUGUCCAGAAGGAAAGCUCAUUUUGAAGUUGCUUGCCUGCCAGGAUGUCUCUGAAGAUCUACUUCAGCAGUGCCAGUGGCUCCAGAGAGGUGAAGCAGCAACAGAAUGAGAUCUUCCAAUAUCUGACUGCAAGGAAUGUUAAGUAUGAGGCAGUUGACAUCUGCCAGACUAACAAUCUGAAGGAGGAGAUGAGGAGGCUGUCAGGCAAUCCCAAUGCCAUGCCUCCCCAGGUGUUUUUUGACAACGUUUACUGUGGCGACUAUAACAAGUUUUUUGAAUCUGUGGAGGACGACAAAGCAGAUGCCUUUUUUAAAUUGAAGUGAAGCCUGUGAAUGACUUAAUAAUCUUCAUUUAAAUGAUCACUGUGAUAUGCAUUGGGAAGAUGUACAUAUCAAUUGAAUGAUUUACAUUUGGCAAUGAGAAACAAUGAAAAUAUUUUAUAUUCCAUUUAACAAGAGUCUGAUUUCAAUCAAUUGAAGAAACUGUAUUCGUAAGAAGGACAGAAUGAAAAUUCUGCUCAUUAUUGCAUAAGACCAUUUUUAGUAUUGGAAGUAAACUGGAGAGACAAAUUC